UGUAACAAAAGAAACAAAUUCGUGUAAUUCCAAAAAGAAAUUUGAACUACAAGUUCUUAAAAUGGUUGGAUACAUUUGAUUGAUUUAGUAUUUGAGAACAUUUUCAAAAAUCUUGUUUUAAAAGUUUUAUAAUCAACUAGUUAUUAUGUACAGGAAGGCCAGUACAACAGAUAUUAGACAUUUAUUUAUCAGAAUGCCGUCAACCCACCUAAACCUACGCGAGGAUGACGUAGUUCGGCUGGCCCUAGAAUUUCUACAUAACCGCGACCUGCACAUUACGCAACUAUCACUAGAGCGUGAAACCGGUGUAAUAAAUGGCAAUUUUGCGGAUGACGUUUUGUUCCUACGACAACUAAUCCUCGACGGACAAUGGGAUGACGUUUUGGAGUUCAUUCAACCACUCAGUGCACUAAAAGCAUUCGAAGCUGACAAAUUUAACUACGCAAUCCUAAGACAUAAGUAUAUAGAACUGUUAUGUAUAAGAUCUGAAAUUAAAGCUUAUAAUAAUGUUGAAAAUAUCGUAGAUGAAGUUGUAAAAGUUCUUAGCGAUUUAGAAAAGUUAGCACCCUCAAAAGAAGAAUACUCAAAUUUAUGUUUAUUGUUAACUUUACCAAGUAUUACGGACCACGCACAGUUUAAAAAAUGGAAUCCGAGCAACGCACGCGUUCAGUGUUUUCGGGAGGUGUAUCCUCUUGUGGAGCAAUUCUUGCCAUGUGACAAAAAGUCCAGCGGUUCCGUGUCGAAAUGUGCAAAGAAUGACCGAUUAAUGCAAUUACUUAUUAAAGGAAUAUUAUAUGAGUCGUGUGUCAACUACUGUCAAGCAAAAGCCACGGGUUCUAAAGAAGCACAAUCAAACGAAGUUAACUUUUCAAGACUACUUGAUGGAUCUGGUUUUGAUGAAUCAGACCUUAGUUUGCUGUCAUGGUUGCAAUCUAUUCCGGCAGAAACAUUUAGCGUUCCAUUUGAACAGAGAAUGUUAAAUGUUGACGUAGAAAAGUUAGAGCGCCCUUCUCUGCACACGUCCUGGACGGAGCACAUGCUCGUAACGCCUAUAAAGCCACGGACGUUCCCCCAUCUGGCGAUGCCGUUUAGACGGCCCCGCUCGGCGGCUGAUGCUAUGACUCGGUCGCUACGUCCGCUUCCCGACGGCGCUCCCCGGCAUCCCGCAGUUAUGGCUCUCUCUGCUAUAGAUUAUGGCCCGUCGUCGUCUUGUUUCGCUGGGUUUCAUCUCACUGGUAUCAAGGGAAGUAAACUGAUGAAUACUUCCGUUGAUAGACUCUUCGACAGUAAAAAUGCCGAGAGUAUAUUUAACGGAUUAAACGAGUCUCUGAAGACAAUUGACGAGACGCUGAAACCUAUUGGCGAGUUUAGUGCUUCAACGAAAACAAAUGAGACUAGUAGUAUCGGUGCGUCGAACGCCACUACUCCCGAGCACAGGGGACAAGAUUACUCAGCGUCGACGUCGAUAUCAAACACGGCAGCGUCGACUGAACGCUCAUCACUCGCAGAGCGCACGCCACAGCAGGCUGAAGCGGCAAUGUUGCCGGGCGCCGAUGGAGAUUUUAGAAGGGAAUUACUUAAAGAAUAUCAAAUACAAAAGCAACGCGAGUGCGAUGAUUAUCUUCGCAAUUUAUGCUCUUCCGACUUGAGGCAACAGAAAAUGAUGGAGCAAAUAGGUGAUGCUGCAUCAGCUUUUCCGUUGGCUGUCAAGAAUCCACAACAAAUGGCUCCGGAUCAGGGCCGCGAGCAGUCGCCGUUUGUCAGGUAA